AUGUUUGUCUACUUCAGGGUUCUUUAUGCAAGUGGAUUGAUUGGCUGCACCAUUACCUCCUUCAAGUUCUCGUCUUACAAAGUUGCAAGACUUGAUGAUCAGCGACAUGUCUGGACCUGGAUCUUCAUUUCCACCUCUCCAGAACUUGACAAACCUGAGGUUAUGAGAAAUAUAAAUAUUAGAGGAGAGCUACCCUCCUACCUUGGAACAAAGUCCACAAUUUUGAAACUCUUAGAUCUCAGUUUCAACAAACUAAGAAGAGCAAUCCCUAGCUCGUAUGAAGAACUUAGAGAUGUUGAAAACAUACAUUUAACAGGAAACAUGUUAAAUGGGUCAAUCCCAAGUUGGAUGCCUAAGGAGAGAGAUGGAGAUACAAUAGAUCUAUCCUACAACAAUUUUUCUGAUAUUACAACCCAAAAGUGUGUGGACAACCACAUGUUCUUACACAAUGGCAAACAACUCCUUGAGUGUUUUCUAUUUGAAGAACUUCCAGUGUGUCCUGAGCUGUCUCGUGGUCUCCAUAUAAACCGUGGUGGAGAUGGAGAUGAAGUAACAAUCAAUGGCACCAUCUUUGAAGCUGAUAACUAUGUCAGGAAGCCAUUGUACUACGAGAGCGAAUGGAUAGGUAUAGGGAUUUCUGUGGUUGUGUUUUUGCUGAUGUUGAUUGGCGGUAUUAUGUUGUCUAAGGUCCAAGAGUCAGAUGGAACGAGAUUUAAAGAGCCUGGACUUGAGCAUGAAGCGUUUUCGUUGAGGAAAAUCAAAGCUGCCACAAACAUUCAGUACUGCAAACAAGAUUGGUGA